UGCUCAUAAAAGAAUUUGACGGCGUUGUCUACAUUCUGCCUGACAGCUGAUGAGCCGUUUCAGGUCUGUUGGCUCUGUCUCAAUCAUGUCUCCCAGAACGCAGCACUCUGUGCUGGGGAGUAAAUGUUUAACUCAGGAGGCUGUGAGGGAAGGAGCAAGCCGCUCACCUGCUGAUUGUCAGAUCGCACUCUGAACUUUGUCCAUUUGCAGACAGACAGACCUGAAGACUCACUCAGAACUCCAUGACAUCCUCCACAGGCAUUCAGAAUGGGACGGACCUUCCACGGUUUACCUUCAACCCAAAGGAAGGAAUUGAUAACCCAGCUCUGGUCAUCAGCGAUGAUCCAGAACCUGAUCCAACCAUUAUGCCCAGAUUGUGCCUUCUAAAGCGCUCGGAAUCCCAGACCUUCGGUUUCCACCUGCGACUGGAUCAGAGAGGGCGAGGCUAUGAAAUCACAAAUGUGGAACCUUGGAGUCCUGCAGUGCAGAGCGGCCUCAAGGCUGAAGACCGGCUGCUGGAGGUGAAUGAGGAAAACGUGGACAAAAUGGAAUUUAAUGAGGUGGUGAGAAAGAUCCAGUCGUGUGGUCCACACCUGUUCCUCCUGGUGCUUCGGAAAGAGGAGUACGAUCAGGCGGCGCAGAUGGCCGUAGACCUGCAGACGCUCUGCAGAGCCUCCAAAGGGGACAGCUGGUCCAGGCCCAGACUGUGUCAUGUCAGCAGAGAUCCAGAACACGGCCUGGGGAUGAGCUUCAGCCAAACUAACGCAGGUGAAUGGGCUCGCUUCUCUGUGAGCACAGUCACAGAUGGGGCUGCAGAAAAGGCCGGGGUCCGCACCGGAGACGCCCUGGUGUGGAUCAACGGCGUCUCAGCAUCCGUGCUCACGCUGGCCUCGCUCAGCAGGAUGGUAAACAAGAGCGGCGACCCUGUGACCGUCCUGGUCGUUGAGCCUGUCAGUGCGUCCUGUUAUGUCAGGAGGAAAGUUCCCAUCUUUCCUGAGCUGGCGGAAAACAUCAACCUGCCCCACGCCGCAAAGACCAUGCGGCUGGAGAGGAGGCGUGACGGAUAUGGCUUCCUGCUGAGACAGGAGAGGGUGAAGAGUCUGCAGAAGACAGCUCACGUGCUCAGAGAGGUGGACGCCGGCAGUGCCGCCGAGGAUGCGGGGAUGACGGACGGAGACGUGCUGCUCACCGUCAACGAGGAACCCGUGGAGGAGCUGGAGCAUGAAGAGGUCGUCAAUAGGAUCCGGGCCAGCGGGGACCGAGUCACUCUCACCUCCAUCUCUGCUGAAGGACGGCGGUUCUACAGAACACUGGGCAUUUCUCCACUCUUGUUCCUCGAUGACUCUGCUUCACCUAGCUGCACCCAGAUGGAAGAUGCUGCCCCUAAAACUGCAUCAUGUGACCUGGACAAAGGGGAACCACAGCUGGACUUUCACUCUUCCUCUAGCUCAAAUCGUCCAGGAGUCUUCAUCAGAAAGACAUCACAGAGAAGACGGGAGGUUCUGUUGUGAUGGACCGUCCUCCAGCAUCUGGACACCAGCCCGGCUCAGUCUGGUCCAUGUUUGUUCUGAGACCCGCUUCCAGCCGUCCUCUGGCCCGACGAUGGUUCUGCUCGUCUACAAGAACUCCCGAUGAUCUGUCUCCUGAACCUCAUCUGGGCUUUUUCCCCAGCUAUCAGUCAUGUAAAGAACCAGCCCCGCAUCCUAAAAAUCUCCACCCACCCAACCCCUCAGCUGCUAUGUUAGCAUUAGAUCAGGGGUGGGCACAUUUUUGGGUUCUAAAGAUUGAUGGAAGUGUGUUGGUAACCCGCCUCAUGCGAGAAAGAAAAAACAUGGAAUCUGGACAAAAACAUGCUUCCAUUUGGAUUGAAAAUUGAGAUUUUAAAACAGAAAACUUUGGAAUUUAUCUUCCAGAACUGUGGCUUCUGAUCUCGUUUUAGUGCCAACUGGCCUGAUGGGUUGAUGUCCCUCAGGGACAAAUGCAAACUCAGAGAAAUGCUGUCAUGUGAUUUUGGAGUGAUCAGAAAAACAUCAAAUCUUCCAACACCACAUGAAUGCAGAAUCACUUCCUGCACUGAAGCAAAGGUCAAUUUAGCUGUAGAGCGCCAUCUAUGGGGAGACACCAGAAUUACAGGGCAAACAAAACGAAGGAUUAUACCACUGUUUUUCAAAGUGGCACACUUUAACCUUGACAAAAUCCCACUGCACACCAGCAUCCAAAAA